UGUUCCUAGAGUAUUGUAGCAGUAGGCUGGGUGUGCUUGUCAGAGACCCGCAGCUAGGACAUGUCAAAUGCAGACAGACUGGCUCAUUUCUUUCUUUAUUUUUAUUUCCUCAGAUGAAUCCGCCUCCACCAGUUUCUUAUAAAUCUGACAAACAUUGCUGGGCUUAGACUGUGGUGUGACCCGUGACAUCGUCAGAGAUCCAAGAUGGUGGAAUUUAAUUGGAGGGCUUUGGAGAAUUUUCCACUGCUGAUGUACAUUUUGGCAGCUAAAACAUUAAUUCUUUGCUUGGCAUUUGCUGGAGUAAAAAUAUACCAGAGUAAAAAAAUUGAACAAAGAAUGAAAAAAGAACGUGAGGCAAAGCUGAAAAAGGAAGCAGAGAAGAAGGAAGACUGAAGAGUCUUACACGAUUUCCUGACGUUUCCUGCUCAUGUGGAUACCUUUCCCAGGAGGGUGACGACUUCCCUUCAAUUGAACGAUGUGUCAGAGAAAUAAACCGUCCCCAAGCAGCAUUCACUUAAACUGCAUAUUGACUUUUUAUACAUGUUUUAAGAAUAUCCAUCCUCUAUUUAUUCAGUAAAGGUUCCUCAGUAGGAGUGGCCUGGGUCUCUGCUUACCAGAAAUGCUGCACUUAAGGCAAUUGAUGUAAAAGAGGCUGUUCUUAAAAUCAGCUGUGGAGUGCAGAAAGACAAUCACUUCUAACGAGAAAAUCCAUCACAGGUGCUACAAGCUGGUGGCGCUUGCAGGAGGCAAAUAAUAGAAAGCCCCACACUCUCCUUGCUCCUUUCUCAAGGCAACCAGCAUCAGCUGCAGAGGAGAGCAUAGGGCAUGCCUAGUCCCUCCCCUGGACCCAGAAGAACCAGUCCAUUAGAACAAAGGCAGCAGUACCUCCUCAUCCUGUCCCAUAGCUGCGGGGGGUGAGGAAGCCAAGGGGGAGCUGGUUUUUCCAUCCCUCUACCUCUGAUUCUGCUGCCAGAGCAGGAGUCCCUGCAUGCAUGCUCUGUAACUCAAAGGCUGGCCACUUGAAUUCCUUGUGCUUUAGCUCUGCCCUGAAAUUAAGCAACCCAACCAUAACCAAACAUGCAAUACCUUAGCAAAAGGAUGGCGUGGGCGUGUGUUCGUGUUCCCCGAAAUGUCAGAGGCCUGCUGGUGUCUAUUGUUCAAGUCUUAAUGGAUCAUGGUUUUAAAGAGCUUCUCCAUAACCAUGAGGGCUGAAUGUCACUGACUCCAGCAGCUGGGGCUUUAAGAAAAACAACAGAUAUUGUGAGACUCCUGAUAAAAAUCAGUAACAUUUGUGCAUUAUGGACUGCUUGAAUAGAGUAAGUGUGGCUUGACCCAGCAAUGCUACGCUGGGGCUUUUUAUUUAAUACUCUUGCUUUUUUUUAAUACAAAGUGAAAGUGAAUUAAAAAGGGUUCCAGAUGGAACUGUGUCAGACACGUUCAAUAAAGAGAAUGGAAUUACCCAC